AUGGAGGUCCGGGUGAGGCUCGUGUUUGCGGACGAGGUGGGGCGCUACGUUCAGCGGCGUCGUGGCUUCUCAUCGUGCUGGUAUCUGCUCCCAGUUGAUGUAAAGCUUGUGUGCGACCUGGUGCACGUGCUGUUGCGGGAGUUUGAGCUGCGCAAAAGAUGUCCUAAAGGACUGGAGCUGCGAAUCGAGGAGCUGCCACUUCUGGCUACUCAGAGCAUCCGCAUCGUUCGAGAUAACGAUACAAUUGCCAUCCACUGCCCUCCGCUAGAGGAAGAGAAGAACAAUUGCAGCGGCUCGGAGAGCGAGGCGGAAGUUAUAAGAAAGAGAAAGCGGAAGCUGCUCGUAAAGAAGAAACAGAAGCAGCAAGAUCAGCCGAAGAAGAAGAGCAAAACGGAGAAGGAGGUGAAAGACCGACAACGUGCAAGUACUGAAGGUCGCGAAAUGGUUGCAGUGAAGACACUUGCUAAGAGCAGCAAAGCUGAUAGCUCCAGCUCGAGCUCUAGUUCGAGCAGCGACGACGAUAGCAGUAGUAGCUCCAGCUCCAGUUCCAGUAGCAGCGACUCAGAGGAUGAAGCUACAGCACAACCCAAUACGAAGCGCGUGGCUCAGCUCGUCACCGCAAAGCAGCAGAAGGGGAAGCUGAAAGCAGUGGCUUCCGCAAAAGCAUUCAAUGGCAAAGCAAGCGCGGCUAAUGUAUCGAAUUCGACGCAAAAGGAACCACGACGGAGACGUCGCCGGCUGAGGCAGCGGAAUGGAAGACGGCAGAGAAAUGACAACCAAGCAAAUAACGCGGACGGUAACGGCUCCACACCACUGUCUGGGAACAGCACUGCUUCACUUGGCGCAACUGCUUCAGCUCCAAUUUCAUCCUCAGAACGACAAAAUGGUGGCAGCACUGCUGGUCCUAGAGGCUUUGCUCGAUCCAAAGCCCAUGUCCUCUUUGACGAGCUCGUCGCCCCCGGUACGCAAACUUUGUCUAAGGUGGAGGAGUGA